AUGUCCUUGCAGCCUGUGAAGCUGGAGGCAGGGGAGGAAUGUCACCUCUCCAUCAGAUUUAAUCCUGCUUGUGAAGAAGGUUUGACUAGCAGGGAGGUAGAGAAGGUUCUGAAGAUACAGUUUCUGGAGCACCCUCAUGAGGAGCAGGUCUCUGUUCGGAGAGAAGUCUACUUUCCGAGUCUCCGUAUCCAGACCACAGCCCUGGACUUUGGCUGCAUCGUGAAUGACACUGAAGCAGUGCGUUAUACUGAGAUGAGCAACUGCAGCCCACUUCCUGUGCGGUACCGCUGGUUGUUCCUGACAGACGGCCCGGCGAGCCAGAUGAGGUUCAGCCCUCCUGCAAGUCAGUGUUUCAUCACACCGCAACCACCACAGGAGAACAUAGCCCAGUCGGAAGGCUCAGCAUCUGCAGAGAGCAGCUCCAGGGAGGAGGCUGCAGAGGAGCCAGCCAAAGGCCUGGGAGCAGCAGGAGAUACUCUCCAAAAGCCAGCAGAUGCCAACGAUUCCCUGGAAGCAAAGGUAGAUUUUCUUCUGCAGCCACAAGUGUGCUUGGUAGCAGGGCCAGCGACUGGACACAGGGCUUCUGCAGGGGAGAAACACAAAGCCUAG